UGUUAUCACCGACUAGGAUUAUCUAACAGUUUAAGUACAGUUGAUAUAGUUGAUGCGCAAUCAAAAUAUGGUUUUUGGGGGUGGAAUUUGUGGCGUCAACCUAUCGGUUUCAUUGUUUUUCUAAUUUCUUCACUAGCAGAAUGUGAAAGAUUACCUUUUGAUUUACCAGAAGCAGAAGAAGAAUUAGUAGCGGGUUAUCAAACAGAAUAUUCGGGUAUUCGAUUUGGUUUAUUUUACGUUGCUUCCUAUUUAAACCUUUUAAUUUCUUCAUUAUUUGUAACAGUUCUUUACUUGGGCGGUUCAAAUAUCUCUAUUCCGUACAUAUUCGUUUCUGAGUUUUUUGAAAUCAAUAAAACAUAUGGAGUUUUUGGAACUACAAUUGAUCUCUUUAUUACAUUAGCUAAAACUUAUUUUUUCUUAUUCGUUUCUAUCAUAACAAGAUGGUCUUUGCCUAGGCUAAGAAUGGAUCAAUUAUUAAAUCUUGGAUGGAAAUUUCUUUUACCUAUUUCUCUCGGUAAUCUAUUAUUAACAACUUCGUCUCAAUUGUUUUCACUCUAAAAGAUUUAUUUUCUAUAUUCAUAACUUGUCUCAAAUAAGAGAAAGAAAUAAAACAAAAAUAUUCAUAGAUAUUUACGAUAUGUUCCUUAUGGUAACUGGGUUCAUGAAUUAUGGUCAACAAACAGUCCGAGCUGCAAGGUACAUUGGUCAAAGUUUCAUUAUUAUCUUAUCUCACGCAAAUCGUUUACCUGUAACUAUUCAAUAUCCUUAUGAAAAAUUAAUCACAUCGGAACGUUUCCGCGGUCGAAUCCAUUUUGAAUUUGAUAAAUGCAUUGCUUGUGAAGUAUGUGUUCGUGUAUGUCCUAUAGAUUUACCCGUUGUUGAUUGGAAACUGGAAACUGAUAUUCGAAAGAAACGAUUGCUAAAUUACAGUAUUGAUUUCGGAAUCUGUAUUUUUUGUGGUAACUGUAUUGAGUAUUGCCCAACAAAUUGUUUAUCAAUGACUGAAGAAUAUGAACUUUCAACUUAUGAUCGUCACGAAUUGAACUAUAAUCAAAUUGCUUUGGGCCGUUUACCAAUGUCAGUAAUUGAUGAUUAUACAAUUCGAACAAUUCAAAUAAAAUAAAAAAAGAGAAUUUUUUAUAAUUAAAAAUUAUUUUUAUUCUUAAUAAA